UUCAUCUCUUUGUAGGAUCCAAAGUCGGUUCCCCCAUUCAACCGAAUCAAAUACAACCCGAUCUUUCAACAGAGUCAGCUGCAAUCACAUAGAUCACCGGCAGUCAUCACUCCCAAUGUUCAACAACACUCUUUCGCUUCCGGUUACAGACGACCAACCCGAUGAAUUCCUCGCCAAGAUGCGCUCCCGACCUCGAAGAAAACGCCGGAAAUCGGACUUCAGAGGGAGAACCGAAUUAGCUAACCGAACUUGCAACCAGCUCACCAGAUGGUGGCCACUGCUCCUCUUUCUCACUGCAUUAUUACUUCUCGCUUUUGAAGCUUCCAAAAUUGGCUGGAGAUCGAAAACCAACAAAUCGGAAUUUCAGAAACCUAAUGUUGUAGUCUCGCCGGUUAAGAAAUCUGAGACCAACUUGAAUCGUCUUGAUGCUCCACGUUGUUUGAAGCUCCUACCUCCUGAAGAACUUCAGCAUCUAGAUUUUCCACUCAAUAAAGAUUCAUCUGUUCCUAUUAAGAAAGUAAUAUAUUUAUCAGAGAGUAAUGCACCUUAUGAUAUAAAUUCUCAACAGGAGUUGGGGACCACGAGGUUUAAUCUGUUUACUGGUUUUCAAACGUUUCAUCAGAGAGAACAAAGCUUUGAGGUGAAUGAAACUGCAUCUGUACACUGUGGUUUCUACAGCGAAGACGGAGGCUUUACAAUAUCAGACGAAGACAAAAGUUACAUGCAAACUUGCAAAAGCGUAGUUUCUACUUGCGCAUUUGGUGGUGGAGAUAAUCUUUACCAACCUAUUGGGAUGUCAGAUACAUCACUUCAGAAGGUCUGCUAUGUAGCAUUUUGGGAUGAAGUUACUCUCGCAACACAAAAAGAACAGGGGCAUCUAUUUAACGAAGAUCGUUUUAUCGGCAAAUGGCGUAUUGUUAUCGUUAAAAAUCUUCCUUUUAGAGAUCAGAGGCUGAACGGGAAAAUCCCAAAGAUGCUGGCGCAUCGUCUCUUUCCGAAUGCAAGAUAUUCCAUAUGGGUAGAUUCAAAAUCCCAGUUUAGGAGAGAUCCAUUAGGGGUAUUUGAGGCACUUUUAUGGCGUUCAAAAUCCGUUUUUGCAAUUUCUGUACAUGGGGCCCGUAGUAGUGUGUAUGAUGAGGCAAAGGCGGUUGUCAAGAAAAACAAAGCCACCCCGGAAGAAGUGAAAGUACAAAUUACUCAAUACCACCAAGAUGGCCUCCCCGAAGAUAGAAGAUUCAAUGGCAAUAAAGCUUUAAAUGAGGCUUCUGUUAUUGUGAGAGAGCAUACUCCAAUGACUAAUUUAUUUAUGUGCCUUUGGUUCAACGAGGUUGUUAGGUUUACGUCUCGUGAUCAGCUUAGUUUUCCAUAUGUUCUAUGGCGAUUGAAAGUAUUAAAGAACAUAAAUAUGUUUCCAGUUUGCACACGGAAAGAUCUUGUGAAUAGCAUGGGUCAUAUACGCAAGGCUAAGCCUUUAGGUUGAUGCAGAUUACAGUAGCUGGUUAUUGUUAUUCAUUGAUCUUGUUAUUCUGUCUUGUAGCGUUUUUUUUUCUGUGCAAAAACUAUUUAUAGUAUUUAUUAUUUGUAUAGGCUUGACCAGAUCUAGGUGGGUUUAGAUAUUUUCUUGCCAUUUUUGUAUGGUUUGUGUAACAAAUUUAUCAUUGUUUUGAGAGUUCAUAUUCUUUUAUGGUGUUUC